AUGCCUUCAAAAAAAAAUCUUCAAGAACAGCUUGCUCGUCUUCACUUUUCCCUUUGCUUAGAAGAGCAAAAGAGACUCCUUGCUGAUGAAUUACUUGAAGUUCAUCAAAAUUCGCAAGAACUUCGUAAAGUAUUGGAAGAUAGGGAUAAUACAAUUUUACUUCUGAAAUAUUGUGAAGAAGAAUUAUUGUGA